UUAAUAUUCACACGUCACACGAUGCGCUGCUCUCCAGUCUGCACGACCGCCUGACUCGUGCGGUGCACUGAGGUUUUAUUCCUGCUCCGGUCGGAUUUGUGGCGGUUGAGUGAAGGUGGGUGAAAGGUCUGUCUAAUGAUGAUUUUUGAGGUGUGUUUGCGUGGGAACCGGCAGGUUCUGCAUACGUUCCGUUGGCAGCUAGCCCGGAGCAGCUCGUAUAAAGCCUCAAUCAGCCGGACCAAGCCGGAAGAUCACACACUCACCGAGACGCAAGCUGUCCCUCUGUUCUCCCGUGCUGCCAUCGGGAGCUUCUUCCAGGAACAGCCUGUGCUCAGGAACCCUUUUACCCAGGAUGCACUUCUGCGGGCGUACCUGCGCAGACACCUGGCGUUACAGGAGGUGGAGUCUGAUCUGCGUACGUUCGGAGAGCGGAUCGUUAGCGAGAUCGAUGCUCUGGGGCGCCAGUGUGAGCAGAACCCCCCCCGACUGCAGCAGUACGAGGCGUGGGGGCGGAGAGCGGACCGCGUCAUCACCUGCCCCGCCUGGACUCGCAUGAAGCACAUCGCCGCGCAGGAAGGGCUGGUCGCCGCGGGAUACGAGAGACGCUUCGGGGAGUGGAGUCGUGUGUAUCAGAUGUGUAAGCUGUACCUGUACGCUCCCUCUGCUGGACUCUUCAGCUGUCCCCUGGCCAUGACCGACGGAGCGGCUAAAGUCAUCCAGUCUCUGGGCAUGCCAGUUAAAGAAGCCUUUGCCCGUCUGACGACACGGGAUGAGAAGAGGUUCUGGACGUCGGGUCAGUGGAUGACGGAGAGGAUGGGAGGAUCAGACGUCGCGAACGGUACAGAGACGGUUGCCUGGCGACAGGAGGACGGCUCAUUCCGGCUCCACGGCUUUAAGUGGUUCACUUCAGCAACGGAUGCUGACUUCACCCUCACUCUUGCACGCAUCGCCGACGAGGACGGGAACACCACGCCGGGGACUCGUGGAGUAUCCCUGUUCUGCGCGGAAGUUUGGGGUUCUGAUGGUUUCACUAACGGAAUAGAGAUCCAGAGACUGAAGGAUAAACUGGGAACGCGACAGAUGCCCACAGCGGAGCUGCUACUGGACGGCACCCGCGCUCAGCUGCUGUCGGAGGAGGGAAGGGGCGUGGCCUCCAUAGCCAACAUGCUGACUCUCACCAGGAUCCACAACACGGUGUCUGCUGCAGCGGCUAUGAGGAGGAUAACCCAGCUGGGCAGGGAAUACUCCACUAAGCGUUCCGUGUUCGGAAAGCUGCUGAAGGACCAUCCACUGCACGUACAGACCCUGAGCCGGAUGGAGGUGGAGACCCGUGCUGCCUUCCUCCUGAUGAUGGAGGUGUGUCGUCUGCUGGGUCGAGAGGAAACUGGAGCGGCUACAGAAAGAGAGGCUCACCUGCUCAGGCUGCUCACACCUGUCGCUAAACUCUACUCAGGAAAACAGGCGGUUGCCGUGGUGUCUGAAGGUUUGGAGUGUUUUGGAGGUCAGGGUUACAUAGAGGACACCGGGCUGCCCGCCAUGCUGAGAGACGCACAGGUGUUGAGUAUAUGGGAGGGAACCACUAACGUUCUGUCUCUGGAUGUUCUGCGCUCCAUCUCUAAGUCCUCAGGGCUGGUGCUGCAGGCGUUCUUCUCUGACGUGGAGGAGCGUCUGCGUUCAGCAGGUCCUGCUGUGGCUCCUGCUGUAGCCUCUCUCAGCUCAUCCCUCCACGACCUGGCCAAGUCCAUCCAGACAGUGGCAUCAUGGAAACCAGCUAGCCUGCAGCUCGCAGCACGGGACCUGUCAUACAGCCUGGCUCGCGUCUACAUGGGAGUUCUGCUGGUGGAUCACGCGUCGUGGGAAGGAUCCUCUCCUGCUGAUGUCUGCGCCGCUCUGAGGUGGUGUGAGGGUGACCUUUGCCCUGUGGUCAGCGGAGUGGCCCGAGACUGUUACAGUGCCGAAACUACAGGGAUGGACGCUGUUGUGGUUUAUGAAGGCUUGGAGGAAACAAUGUAAUCAUACAGACACAGAGGAGACCCACGGUAGAGCUGUAGGACUGUUAAUCAAACCCAGAUCAGCGGUAAUUAGUUCCACAGCUCAGUGUACAAAGAGCUGUACGUAUAUAUAUAUGUGUGUGUGUGUGUGUGUGUGUGUGUGUGU